AUGGCCGGGAGAGCGUGGGGCGCGCCGGGCGGGACCCCUCUGCUCAACGCCUCGCAGCCCGCGCCGGGACGCGGGGAGGAGGCGCGGCCGCGACCCUCCUGGCUGGUCUCCACGCUCGCCUCCAUCCUCAUCUUCACCAUCGUGGUGGACAUCCUGGGCAACGUCCUGGUCAUCCUGUCGGUGUAUCGCAACAGGAAGCUGAGGAACGCAGGAAACCUGUUUGUGGUGAGUCUGGCUGUCGCAGACCUGGUGGUGGCCGUUUACCCCUACCCCUUGGUGCUGGCAUCUAUAUUUAACAAUGGAUGGACGCUGGGGUACCUGCACUGCCAAAUAAGUGGUUUCUUAAUGGGCUUGAGCGUCGUGGGCUCCAUAUUCAAUAUCACGGGAAUUGCCAUUAACCGCUACUGUUAUAUCUGCCACAGUAUCAAAUAUGACAAGCUGUACAGUAACAAGAACUCCGUCUGCUACAUUAUCCUGAUAUGGAUACUGACACUUGUGGCCAUUGUGCCCAACCUGAGUAUUGGGUCCCUGCAGUAUGACCCGAGGAUCUACUCCUGUACGUUCACUCAGUCGGUCAGCGCUGCAUACACGAUAGCUGUGGUGGUCUUCCAUUUCAUCAUUCCUAUGAUCAUCGUCAUCUUCUGUUACUUAAGAAUCUGGAUCCUGUUCCUUCAGGUCAGAUGGAGGGUGAAACGUGACAGCAAACUCAAACUGAAACCCCAGGACUUUAGGAACUUUAUCUCCAUGUUUGUGGUGUUUGUACUUUUUGCCAUUUGCUGGGCUCCAUUAAACAUUAUUGGUCUUGCUGUGGCUUCAGAUCCUGCCAGUCUAGUGUCCAGGAUUCCAGAGUGGCUAUUUGUGGCCAGCUACUAUAUGGCGUAUUUCAACAGCUGCCUCAAUGCCAUCAUAUAUGGUCUACUGAACCAGAAUUUCAGGAAGGAAUACAGAAGAAUUAUAGUCUCGCUGUGUACCGCCAAGACGGUCUUUGUAGGUAGUUCUAAUGAUGUCGCAGAAAGAAUUAAAUGCAAACCCUCCCCAUUAAUGACCAACAAUAAUUUAAUAAAGGUGGAUGCUGUUUAA